AUGUCGGACAGUGACCCGGGGGACGAGGACGGCGCCACAUCCCCUGACCCCUCGCAGUGCAAGAGGAAGAGAAGGGGCAACCUCCCCAAGGAGUCGGUGAAGAUCCUGCGGGACUGGCUGUACGAGCACCGCUUCAAUGCCUACCCCUCGGAGCAGGAGAAGCUGAGCCUCUCGGGGCAGACCAGUCUCUCCGUGCUGCAGAUCUGCAACUGGUUCAUCAACGCGCGGCGGCGGCUGCUCCCCGAUAUGCUGCGCAAGGACGGCAAGGACCCCAAUCAGUUCACCAUCUCCCGCCGCGGGGGCAAAGCCGGCGACGCGGCCGUGCCGCGGGGCGCUGCCGCCGGCUCGGGGCUGCUCGUGGUGCCGCCCGCGGGCGCCUCCAAGGUGCUGUCCAUGUCGGUGUGCCCGCAGGUACUGUGCCACCCGGCGCGGGCGCUGGCCGUGGUGAGCGCCCACAGCCCCGAGUGGGAGAAGCCGCCCGGGCCCGAGGCCGUGCCCAGGCCCGGCAGCACCCUGACCCUGCUGGCGCGGGCCGAGGCGGGCAGCCCCACACCCGGACUCUUCAACACGCCGCCCCCCACGCCCCCCGAGCUCUUCGGGGACGACUUCAGCAGCUUCCAGCUGCUGGUGGAGGUGGCCCUGCAGAAGGCAGCCGAGCUGGAGCGGCAGCGGCAGGGGGGGCAGCUGCCCCUGGCUCCCCACACCGAGCCCCCCGCAGCCUCCAAAUAA